AGCCAUAUCAUAUGUAACGGCCCUGAAAGAAGAAGAAGCAGCGGGGCAGUAUCGGCUUCUCUGGUUGGUCCGUGAAACAGCGCUGACAAAUCAGCACAAAGAUUAUUAAAACUUCGGAAUCGACGUUUGGCAUUUCGGUUUGAAAAGAUGUCGCUCAAUCGGGGCAUCGGCAGUGUGGAGUACAUGAAAAAAAGGAUACCGACAAACGCCAAGUAUGAACAUGUCAAAACAAGGCUGGACACAGGAUGCAGCCUCACGAAGUAUAUGGAAAAACUGGAGGACAUUAAAAAAAAUUACAGGUAUCGAAAAGAUGAAAUCUUCAAGCGGUUAAAAGUUACAACGUUUGCACAGUUGAUACUUCAAGUAUCCUCCGUAUCGGACCUGAAUGGAAGUGAUGACGGUGAAUCACACAUCCUAGAAGAUGGUCUUUCAGUGGUGUCUGAUGCAGACCUCGAGUGUCUGUCAGAACACACCAACGGCUCCCCACAUACACCACUUCCUACAGAUCGUCAGGACGCAGGAGACUCCAGAGAAAUGUGCUACACUGCCAGGUCAACACUGCUAAGUGUUAUUAGUGGAGUGGGAGAGUUGAACCUCGACAGGAGCCAUCAAAAGACAAAGAAUGAGUCACCGUUCAGCCCCGAGCCAGCUGACAUGCCUUACCCCGACUGCCCCUACCUGCUGCUGGACGUACGGGACCGGGACCAAUACGACCGCUGCCACAUCAUCAGCGCACACAGUUUUCCCAUCGCCAUGCUCUCUCGAACAAUGAACCCGUACACCAAAGAAGUGCUGGAAUACAAAAAUGCAGCAGGGAAGAUUAUCAUCGUGUAUGACGAGGAUGAGAGAAUAGCCAGCCAAGCAGGCACCACCAUGUGUGAACGAGGAUUUGAGAAUCUGUUCAUGCUGUCUGGAGGCCUUAAGGUAAUUGCUCAGAAAUUCCCUGAAGGGCUGACGACAGGCUCCAUCCCGACCUCGUGCCUGUCUUCUCCCACGUCAUUGAAGGUGAAGAAGAGCUCCGUGCUGCAGCAGCCAUCGCAGGCGGCGGAAAAAAGGUGGCGGUUUACAUCCGACGAGUUGGCCAAGAUCCAGGAGCAACUAGAGGAGAUACUCAUCCCAAGUAACUCCAACAGCCGCAUGUCCAGUCGUAUGUCAUCCAGCAGCUCGCAGUCAAAAGCGUCCAGCGCUCGGGGGCGACUGAGUUCCUCCACAUCUGGGAGGGACAGCGCCAGGGUUCAGAGCAGCAGACCCUGGAAAUAAAACCACCACACACUCAACCACACAGAUCUUCACAAACAACCGUACCUCCAACACAAAGUUAGAAUUCCCUGCAUAAUGACUGUAAAGAAACAUCUUUCAUGGUCACACUUUAAUUGGACAACAGUAAAAAGCUGUAGGAACAGAACAAAGACUUAUCGGUAACCAGUGUAAUGCUGCACUCAUCAUCUUCACCUCUGAAGGCUGUUAUUAAAUCGUAGCAUUCUAUCCUUAAUGUUUGUUUUUAUAUAUUUAAUAAAUGGUGUAUAUUUGAAUAUUGCACAGUGCCUCGUGUAAACCUGAAAACUGAUGGAUUUCUUUGCACUCCGAUACAUUUUUCAUGCAGCCCUAUUCUCACCAUCUGAUGAACCUGUACUGAUGAUCACUUCAUUCUGUGGAUCUGUUCUUUAAGAAAUGAAUGUUGAUGACAUGAAGAAUAUGCUGGGAAUCUGUGUAUUACAUGUGAUGUAAUUAAUAUAAAUAAUGUCACAGAGCUUUAUCCAUUUUGUAAAACUAAGGAAAGCUGUGCUGUAUUUUUGUAAGUCUCCCCACAUUUUCAUGAUGUCUCAUUAUGAUUUGUAAGCCGACAAUGCACCAACAGUCUUUAUGUGCAACUUCACUGGAUCCUCUUGCUGUUAAUUGACUGUGAUUGUCUUUGUGUGUGAGUGUGUGGAUCAAAGUACUGUUCAUUGUAAUUACACUACCUGAUUAGUUGAAGCCUUGGCACAGUCUAACGUCACAAACUCACAGUGUCACUAAUAGGAUGAAAUGGACAUUUUGUUUGCACUUCACUACACAGACAGCAUUUGUAAAAACAGUAUUGCUGAUUUGUGGCCUUUUGUUUUGUUGCUGUGGUAGUGACUUGUUGCACGGUUCCUGGUCAACUUUCAACUAGGAUGCACUCACACAGUCCCAUUUUAAGUGCAUUUAAUGAAAAUAUGAACUAUACCCUGCAGCCUUUUUUUGUGACGAGUAAUUUGUUUUCACCGCUAAUCUUAACUCACAUUAACAAUCUGAUCACAUGAUUUUGCCUGUAAAUGAAUGUCAAAUAAAGUCUAUAA